AUGCCGGCGGAGCGAUGGCAGCCGAUCGCCGCGUUGAGGAGCCACGCAGCUGCAUGGUUCCGGGUCCUCCUCUACCUCGCAAUGCUGUGCCAGUGUGCCCCGCGCUUGAUGGACUACCGAUACGCAGCAGGCUUGUUGCUUGUCCUGGCUGCCCGCUAUGCAGGAAGUGGCUAUGCUGGGCUCAGGCGUGAAUCUGCUGGCCUUCUGCGAGAUUUCCUGGGUUUACAGGAAGCUGCGCAAAGAGUUUAUUGCUUGCCAUGGCGACAAGCCUAUGAACAUGCUUUCAUCAAGAUUCAUAUGCUGAUGCAAUAUUCGAAAUACGGUCCUUUUGGGUCCAUAGCGGAGUACGUGUUCUGGUCCCCUUUGGCAGUAUGCCACAUGCUCUGGGGCUUCUUCCGCGAGCGAGCAGAUGAUUUCGAACCAGAGCUCAGCGAUUUGGAGUGGAGGCAAACAGUCACGUACGAGGCCUUUCUUUGUUCGGUGGUGGGCUCCUUUGCCUUUGCCAUAUCGAUGCUGGCAGGGAAGGUGAACCACCGCUACUUCUCCCACAGGUGCUUUCAGUCAUCCCGCCUUUGGACCUUCUGUCUGGGAGCAUUUGCCUGCAUAUCUUCGGAGACUCCGUUGCAGUAUGCGUCGAUUCAUCGACGUCACCACAGGUUCUGUGACCAGGAGGGCGAUCCCCAUUCCCCUGGCCGCAAGGGUUUUCUCUAUGCUUGGGCCUUCUGGAAUGCUGACAGGGAGAACUUCGAAAUCAAGUCCGCUUUUGUGCAGGACUGGCUGGCGAAGAAUCCAGAGCUGCUACUGCUGGAGGUCUACGGCAGGUAUGCUAAGCGCGUCCUGGACACAGUGAUCCUGAGCGUGCUCAUGGCAUUGCUGGCUCCUGCCUGGUUGCCCUCCAGUCUGCAGUACCAUCCGUUUACUGCAGCCUACGUCUUGGGAAACAUACUCGCCAGCAAUCUGUCACUUGCUUUCAACGCCUUCUCCCACGACAGCGCGAGCUCCGAGAAGCCGGGCAUGUGCCAGGCCUGGGACAUGCCGCUGUACGAAUUUAUUGGAGGAGGCGAAGCAUAUCAUCGAGAACACCACGACUUCCCGAACCUCGCACUCUAUGGUACUUGGUACCUGGAUGGCUCCUACUGCUUCUUUGCGGCGAUGGCGCGGUGUGGGCUUGUGUGGGAUGUAAAAACUGAGAAGACGAAGUGCCAGGCAAUCUCGUGGUGA